ACAUACUUAUCAAAUCAGGGGUUUAAACUUGAAAUUUAAUACAAAAAAUAUCAAAAUCAAUCAGGAAGUCCCGUAUUGAUGUUGUAUUUAUUGAUCUACAGGUAUCCAGUUUUUUGUCGAGGAGUUUAAACGGAAGUCGAUCUAACGGUUAUAAAUAUUGGUAAUCUUUAAAAUUUAACGCUGGAGUAACAAAAUAUAGCGAGUAUAUGCACCAGUUUUAAUGAGAUAAAUUUUGUCUUUUUGUAUUCUGGAAGAACGAUAUUAAAAAAAAUAAAAAUAAAAAGUGGAUAUGGAACGUGCGUACUUUAGUAAAUAAUGGUUUUCUGAAGGAAAUAGAAUUUUGUAUUCUGAGUCUAAAACAUAAAGAUAUUGGUUUUAAAAAUGCUAAAGUACAUUGUGUACGAUGGUGAAACGAACGACAAUGUGGGAAGAGACAUAGAUGAACAAGCUCGCACCUUGACUGGCGUCCUUAGACGCUACUCUGUGCCACUGGAAUCUGUCAAGUUAAGUAACUGGGAAACAACUGCUGACAAGAACGCUGACGUUGUUUAUAUCACGACAAUAGAAAGUGAAUACUUUCAUACUAAAGUAAAGCCGCUCUUUUUAGAGGGAAAAUCUAACUGUUUGUUAGUGUUGCAGCAUUCACCGGAGGAAGAAAAGCACGUGAAACGGUUGGAAACCAGUAUCAAGAAGUCACUAAAGAAAAGAGAGCCUAUUAAAGAACAACGGAAGAGAAUAGCUCAAGAAACGUUAGGCAGGAUCGUACCGGUUACAGAUAUCAAGAAAGUGUCUUGUUGGUUGCCUCAUGUGCUAAAGUUUCUCAUCCCAGCGCCUGUUAAUACAACACGGCGUCAAUCUGCACGUGAAAUUGGCGUUUACUUUAAAAUUAACUGGGACGAUGAGUACCAGGUCGAAUGGCUUCAAAUGCAAAAGGAUGCCCUAGAAAACGUAUUCAAUAUACGCUGUCGGCAUAACGGUAGUUUUAUGAAUGAAGAAGUGUAUAUUAGAAGUUCAGCUAUAGUCGUGAUGUACGCUGACAGGGGUGCCUACCAGAAGCUUAGGACGAACCAAGCUCAAUUAGGAGGAAAGAAGAAGCUGCUCAAUUCAAUAAAUGAAACACGUGCCACGUGCAGUCUCCAUGCAACAAAGUUCCACGUGUUGUUUGAUCAAGCAGGUGUGAAAAUUUCAAAUGUGUUAGCCAAUGACUAUCAUCUGACCAUAGUUGGUGCGGGAAUGAUCAAUCACUGGUUAGGUAUCCUAUCUAUGCUUAACCUAGUUCGAGGUAGCCGAGUUCGAGAUAACAUGUUUUACACUGAAAGACACCUUUCGCGUGAGAAUGAACUGGAGAGAUUCAAUCAGGAUAAAUAUCAACAUAUAUUUCAAAGAAAGUCAGAAACAACAAGAAUUACCAGUCCUUCUGGUGUGUCGUUGAGGCAUGAAGGGAGUGUUGAACAUGUAUCAUUCCAGAGUAAAGACAUCGCUGUAACGGAAGAUAAUGUGGUCACCCCUUCAACCAUCUGCUGUAUUCGACGUUUGCCCCUGAAUAACUGACCAUCAAAAACGUCAAGGCACAAAUUUUUAUCUAAAUGCUGAACAGUCAUCCAUAAACACUAAGGGUCUUGGUCUUUAUAACAUUAAUUGUUUUAUUUCUUUAAAAUCUGUUUAAACAUGCCA